AUGGAUUUCAUCAAGACCAGUUCCCUGCGUGCUCUGAUUGAGUUAACUUUCCAACGCAACUGGAACGGCCUCAUUUGGAUGAGUAGAAAAGGAGUUAUAACCAAAAGAGUGAAGACUGUCCAGACGGCUCUAUCGAGAAAGCGCCCAACCGCGCAGACCGGCCGAGGAACGAAUGUUCCGCGGCCAAAAUCAUCCGUCCGUCUGAAGUCUCGGCCAAAGUUCAAACCAUCCGGCCGAUCACGCAUCACGACCCGGGAAACAUGUCCCGCGGUCGGCCAAGCCACGACCACUCACAGCGCCACGCCGCGCGAGCCGGGAAGCAACGCCUCGCGGCCGCGCAACCUACUCGCGUACCACGGCCGAUGCAUCCGUCCGAGCCGGGAAGACGUCCCGCGUCCGGCCGAGAAACAUCGGCCAAUCUUCACCGUCCGACCACAGCGGCCGACCGCGAAUUCCGUCCGGCCACGACCGAUCCCGAUCGUCCCGACCGACCGUCCCAACGCACCCGAAGCCCGUUUCACUAUUUUCAAGCCCGGCUUAACCCUAAGCCGCCUCUGA